CUAAUGACUACGCACUACGCUCAAACCUGUGAUGAUAACGUCGUAAACCGGAAGUACAGGAAGAAGUUCAGUUACGGUAUUUAUUUACUUCGAUAUUUACUGAAAAACUUAAGGAAAAUGCUGUAAUCAAGUAUGGUGUUAGCAACAUAGAGCAAGAUGCCAGGCGGAAAAACGGGUAAACAUUUGGAUGAAACAGCAUGUGGGCCCCUGUGUCAGCAUCCAUUAUGUUGGGCUUCCAACAGGCGAGUGGAGCGUGGACUGCCCAGAUUGGUUGACACAGGAAAAAAAAACUCAGAGACUUAUAGUGACGAUCUUCCAACAUUGAAGAUAGUUGAUAUGUUUGGUGGUUUGCCUGAGGCUCAUAACCCUGGAAGGAGUUCAUCAGCUCCUUUGUUAGCUAAUGUAUCAUGUGGUACAACCCCAGUAAAGUCUCCAUUAACACCAACUGUUUCCCCUGCUGUAAAUCUGUCUGCAUCUUUUAGCAAGGGUAAAAAACAACCACUCAAGCCACCUCCCCUCAAGAAAAUCGAGGUGCAUGAGAUUGUUGAUUGGCCAGAAGACUGGAGCGACAAUUUUGUAGGUUCUCACUUCUAUUUAUGGUGCUCGAGAAACGAUCCAUCCAAGAGAAAAGGGCAAAUGGAUACCAAGUUUAUACAAAGCACUGGUUGUUUAAGCUCAAGCCAUCCAGAUCAUGUACACAUCAAAGAUGUUACAGAGGAUAUGCUUCCAUCUAGUAUGAAGACACGAGAUAAAAAACAAAAAACAAAAAAACAUGCUUCAUACAGAACUCCUACAGGUGGACGCCCAUACACACAUCCCUCGAGAGGUCAGGUACCAAGGUCCUAUGUUAAGUCUCCACGGGAGGAUGAAAUCUCACAGCUGUUAAGUCUUCCAAGGGAAGUGCUUCUUCAGGUGAUUGAACAUGCUAACAAUAGUGAUAUUUAUGAUAAGAAUAGGGUGCAUACAUUACUAGAGAAGGUGCUACCGCAAAUACACUUCCAACAACAUAUUCUCGCAAGGCAGAAGCAAUUAGAAAAGAACAGAAAUGCAGCAGGAACACCCCUUGAAGAAAGUGGAAUACUUCAAAAUAAAAAAGUUCAACUAAAAGAAGGUCCUAAACAAACUAUGGAACAAUCUCUACCUAUAACAAAGACAUCUUUUCUGGAUGGCAAUGUGGCACAGGAAAAAGCUCAUAAUGCAGAGGCACCAACAGAAGAGAAGAAGAAAAUGAUAGACAAGCUAGAGGAGGUGGUGGAGGCAAAUAAUCCUGAUAGAGAUACUAAAGUUGAAGAUGGAGUGACAAAUCUACAGAAGAAGCCAUUGGCACCACUAAAGGGUGCAAAAGUAGAGGGAGCAAGGAGCCUAACAAAGCUAACGUCAGUAUCAGCCAGAACUCUAUCCCCAUUGUAUCCAGGGACUGGUCCAACUAAACCUUUCAACUACAGUGCAAAACCUCUGGAUUGGACACUUGGACCAAUACCAAGUAUAGAAAAGAAACUGGUUCUCAAACCAGUCACCCCAACACAUUCUGAAAAGGCCUCCACAUUGCUUGUUACAAUUCCAAGUGUCAUGUCUCCAGAUAGGAUGUCACUAGUAACAUCUGUCACACCCAUGCAGAGGAGCCCUUGUCCCCCAUGCAGAGCCAAGUCUCCCCACCAGCUAUCGUCAGUACAUUCCAGUCUUGCUGCUGAAGAAAAUUUGGAUUCAUUACAUUGGUAUAUUUAUGAGCCAAUUCAUGCUAUAUCACCAAGUCUUUCAGCAAAUGCACCAUUGACACCUGUAGGUACACCAGCUCCCGUUCAUAAGGAAGCUAGUUUUAGCAGUGUAACCUCCAAGACUUCUACAAAUAACCAAUUUGAAAAUCAUACCCAUGGAUCUCUUCCCAAGACCCCAGUAAACACACCAUUCCAUGCAGAAAAUCAGCAGACACCAGAACCAAUUCUUGGGACAAUCCAGGAGAGAACAAUCAGUCCUUCUAUCAUUGAUAAUGUUAAAAAUCACUCAGAUAAGCAACAGCAGUCUCCAGUACCUCUUAUCAGUAAUAAUCGGUCAUGGAAUAUUUCACCAUGGGAGGAAUCCAACACCAUAGCAGCACAACCUUCAGAGAAAAUUAAUGCAUCUCCAGUGCCAGUUGUGACUCCUGCUCUAACAGGAAUGACAACACCAGAUCUUUGGCCUUCCGUGGAUGAACAUGCAUACUUGGAUUCCCCAGAGAAAUUGGUAGAGGAGAUACUUGCACCUGCAGCGCCACCACCUUCACCAGAACCUGUGGAUAUUGAACAAGAAACUGACAGCACAGAUGAAAGGCAAGAAAUACCAAAGAGUGUGGUAACUACGUCUCUUACUCCUUUGCAAGAAGAGGAGGAGGAAGAGGAAGUUGCAAAAGAAACAGAAGUUAUAGUAAAUGAAAUUAAGAGAGAUGAAAGUGAAGAAAGUGUCACAGAACAACCAAUAACUACAGAAAUAGGGUAUGAUAAUGGACCUGAUAGUAAGGAAGCAAAAAAUCACUGAUUUUCCUGAUCAUUGUUCAAAGACUUGUAAAAUAUGAAAUAAAUUUUGUAAUAUUAUAA